CUGAGCCCAGCCGCUUUGGGCACAGCCAGAUUAACCGGGCCGCUGCUGGAUGCUCAUUGCUCAAUUGCUGAUGCCGACAAGGAGAGGUCCUUUUGCCCUGGGUCCGUUCUCGCACAGGGGAUCCCGCGUGCAGUUCCCAUUUGCUGUGGAUGGUGGGGACUCUGGGAGACUGGGAAGCGCCCUUGAGGUCGAUAAUUCUGGCCCGACCGGAGACCGCCCACCCACCCACAAGUGCCCGUCGAGGGCCCCGGAGAUCAGAGCGGCGCACGCUAUGCCCAACUGGCCGCAAGAGGAAGCCAGACGUCGUUGGGGUGUCGCUUGGCUUGCUGCUCUCAUGCCAGUCCUCGGCACGGUCCCUCGCCGACCACGACGAGAAAGAAUGCACCACUGAGCACUCCACGAUGGUUGCGCUGCCCAUGACCAUGAUGCCAGGCCGUCGCUGCGGAUGUGCGCGACAGUUGGAGCAAGCACCGCCGUGCUGCUCGGGCGCGAAACAAACAAGGCCCCCUUCUUCCGCCGACUCUUCCGCGCCUGCAACCAGACGCCGUCCGCAGACAGAGUCCUUGAGAGGACGCACACGCGCACACGCACUGGCACAAGAGACCGCCGGGCCGUCCAGGUCUGGAGUUGAGGUGCGUCACUGGACAGACGACGAGGCCUCCAGGGGAGCUCAUCAAUCAUGCCCAAAGUGCCCUCAAAUCGCUCAGGUUGUCCGACCAGUGGUGCUCCAAUCCGCCCCGUUGUCGCGCCCCGGAACGAUGCUCACGCACGCUGCAGCCCCUCUCCCGCCCGCGCCGUCGAAUUCGUUGCCGCGCCCCAGCUUCGCGUUUCGUUUCGUCUCGUUGAUUAGGGCCUUGUCAUUGAUUAGGUCCCUGUCAUUCCAUUAUUGCUCCCCUGUCUACCUGUUGAUUAGUCGCCUCGGUCCCACCGCAUAUCCUUCUUGUCAGCUGCGGCCCCCGUGCUGCAGUGCUCCUGUCACCUGUGCUUCCGUGCUGCGUUCCUCUCUCGGUACAUCCUAAGCUCAGGAACCAUCGACUGCUCCGUACCUAUUCUAUCUA